AUGGCCCGGAAGCUGAGUAUUCAAGCCGUGAACGAGCUCAACUAUAAAGAUUUUAUUUCAACCUUCGCAAAUGUUGUCGAACACACGUCUCUUUGCGCGGCUGCCGUUUGCACCAAGGCGCCGUUUUCAUCCUCUGAGAGUUUCGUCACUGAGAUCUGUCGGUUUAUUGACAGUCUGCCAGACGGCGCAAAAGCGGGAAUCCUGCGCAGUUAUCAGGAUCUAUUUGAUCGUUGGGAAUCUUUGUCAAGUGAGUCCCAGAGAGAGCAGACGGAGGCUGAUAUUAGAUCACUCGGCGCCGAGGAGAUAAAGCUUUUGAAAAGCUACACCAGACUCUACAAAGAGAAAUUCGGCUUUCCGUUGGUAAUUUGCGCUCGUUUAAACAACAAAGAGACGAUUUUGGAACGGAUUAGAGAGCGUCUCAGCAACGAUAGCUACCAGGAAUUAAACAACGGGAUCAAAGAAGUGAAAGACAUAAUGGUUUUGAGAGUAAACGACGUGGUGAACAGCGAAACUUCUAAAAUCUAA